AAAAGGACUGAAAGGAAAAAAAGUGCCGCACGGACCAAUAUGUUACGGGAGUAAAAAAAAUAUAUUUCUUAUUUUUUUCCUCUCUUUAUCUAUUCUUUUUUCUUUUUAUUUAAUGAAAUCACAUGAGUUAUACUCCACCCCAUUCACAUAAUCGACAUUCCUCGCUUGCCACUGUCUAUGAAGACAAUGACCCAUACCGCAUAGUAAAGAAGAGUCCUCGCAUCGGGUCCAUUUCAGACAAUAGUUCCGAUUUCGAUGCAGUUCAUUCACGCACAGCUUCCGACAGCAGUACUAGUCGACUAUACAGUGGCCAAGUGGAAUUUGGACAAGAUCCUUAUGCCAACUGUAAAAAGAAGUUAAAAUUAAACGAAGAACGAGCCAACUCAUAUUUACCCUAUUCACAUCAUGAACGAGACCCUCGACAACAACAAAGCUGCGAACCAAUGUAUAUAGAAGAAGAAAAUGGAGCACCUGCGUCUACUACUUUAGGCAUGGGAUCUAUUCUGUGCGAUACCAUGAUGGAAUUACCAGCUUCACGCAUCAAGGAAAAGCAAGUGGAUACGACGUUGAGUGAUGACUUUGGUUUAUCUACACAGAAAAGACGUAAACGACGAAGGACAGUGUGUGGUAUGCGAUAUAGGUCUUUAGUCCUCAUUUGUUUAUUAUUUAUUACUACCGUUGUCAUCAUUUGGUAUUUUGUUUGGCCACGUAUCCCUAAUUUAGCACUGGAUGAUGUAGAUAAUUUGGGGACUAUUCAAGUCCUCACCAAUUCAACAAAGAAAUCCAUGUCUACACAGUGGGUGUUAAAUAUGACGGCAGAUAAUACAGCUAAUUGGGUCCCCACUCGUAUAAAUGCCAUUGAUAUCAUCAUUACCGAUGAUAAAACAAAGGAGUCGUUUGGCACAGGCAGUUCGGGAUGGCUUGUUUUACCGCCCAAAAAGAAAACAAUGAUACCUGUCUUUAUCGAUAUCUAUUACGAGACCUAUAAUGUCAAUGAUACCACUUUUCAAGACCUGUAUAAUGCUUGUGGAGUACAAGUCAAUUCUAAUGCUCCCUUUGAAUCUAAACAAGGUGUUUUGAAUGUCACUUUAUCCGUCACCUAUCAUAUCUCUGGCAUUGUUUGGCCAACCACCAAACAAAUGCACAUUGAUAGUCUCAUCUGUCCUACAAGCUGAUCAUAUAAAAAUACUUCUAUACCCAUCCAUCCCAUCUCAAUAAAAUUCUAUUAAUAGCCUCUCUCUCUCUCUCUCUCUCUCUGUCUCUGUCUCUCU